AUCAAGUAUGAUCGAUGUUAACGUUCUCUUCAUCAGUAUUGCUGUCCCCUUCUGGAACAGGUCCUUGGUGCAGUUAUUAAACAUGCCAUCUUGGCUUGGCUCAUUGUAAUGGGCAAUAACUAUCUGUUUACAUUUGCCAAUUAUUUGUCUUAUUUUGCUUGUUUCCUUUCCGCCCGCCGUAUAGGGCUUAUAAGUUGUUGUUGGCCAAAAACGAUCAUUUUGUUAGUUGCGUUUACUACGUGAAUCCUCACUUUUCGCGAGUACUACAGACAAAUUGCCGGGCACCAAGAACGUCGAAGGCUAAAAGAAACGGGACAGUUUGCCCAAAAUUAUAAUUAAUUGGUUUUCAGCAACGUGUACAUCACGCAAAUAAAACAAAAAAAUCAUCAACCAUUCAAUAGAUAAAGUCAAGAAAAUGAGAUAUUGUACGAGAGUAUUAAAUGAACAACAUGCCAAACAUUCACAAAGACGCUUCUGCGACUUACAUGUUGGCUUUUCAGAUCUCAAAAACACGCGGUGAAUCGAUGUUUUUAUGUACCUAACAUGACUGUGAGUAGCCAUCUUUAUGUCGCGCACUGAAAAAUUCUGAAAUUCAAACUGCUCUAUUUUCAAAAGAAAGCACACCACCGAGCUGAGAACAUGCAAGCAGAUACAUUUCUAAAACGUCUUUUACGCAGUGAAGAUAAAAAUGCAAAAGUCUAUUUACGUUUGAAUUUUAGUUUUUUUUAUGACGUCACAUGAAAACCAAGAAUAAAUUAACCUAAUGAGAACACUUAUGCGGUGGUCAAAACCAAAUAAUCACUCUGUCGUGACACAAGACAAUGUCCUGAUAAGUGUUAUUAAGGACAAUUAUUAUUAUGAUUAUCACGUCACGAUCGUUCAUGUGUACUUUGUUUUCAGAAUAGCGUUUAUUUCCAAGUAUCUUAGAAGCUGAUGGCCAUGCAAUGAUAUUUUGCAAGCCCCUCUUCUGUUUCAACAAGCUAUUCCGUAUGUUGUAGACUUUCAUGGCAUUCACGAUCUUAUAACUCAAAUAAAUAAAUAAAUAAAUAAAUAAAUAAAUAAAUAAAAACGUCAAUUUGAAAAUAAUUUUAUUGUUUAAUUUUCAUAGAGCUCUCUUGAAUAGUCACCCGAAAUAAGAAACCAUUAUGAUAAUAUACACCCCUUAAAUCCAGCAGACGAAAAGGGUGAGCCCAAGUAUUUGUGAGCCCACUCAUUUCUGGGGUAAUCGUUGUUAUUUUAAGCCACAUCCCACAAGCUUCACGCUUAAGCAUCAAUCAAAGUAUCUAGCAUUUUUUCAUUACAAAUAAAUAGGCUCUCCAUUGUAGGGUUACCCGAAGCAGAAUGAAGCCAGUAACCAUUUAUGCAGCCGGGUGGACAACUGACAAUAAUGGAAAGCUCAGCUUCUUGUCUAGGAAAACAGCACUCCACAAGACGGAGUCAGUGGGCUUCAAAUCAUCAGCCUUUAGAUCUGACACCCACCCUUCUUAUUUGCUAAUGCAUUGCUUGUCGCCGACAAAACAUUUCGUGUUCUUUAGACUGUACAUACACCGAUUAAAAUCUUUCGUGUUUUUGAUUUUCAGGUAUCCAUACAAUUCGAGUCAACGCACGUUACACAACCUCACCACGAUGUUCCUUCCACAUAUCAGCGAUCAAGAAAUUUCCAAAGAUGAAGUCAAACGUCUUGAGGUCGAAGGAAGAGAUUACUGUGUUUGCCACGGGAUGAUUCAUAGAGACUCUCGGGGAAAUUUUGAGCAUAUUCCCUUCACUCUGUAUCCUUCACCAGUUCCGCAAAAGCUUUUCACAGCUGCGAGAGAAGUGCAGACGGAUUUUAACUUGCUAGUUCACAAAGUCAGCCAGGACUUCAAAUUUACAAAGAAAGCGCUUAUGUGUACAGUCGCUGCUGACCCCUUCACAUCAAAACUCUUUGACAUUUACGACAAAGUUUGGCAGCUAGGGAGCGCCCAGCCUAUCUCACUGGGAAUUUUUCGUUCCGAUUACUUCAUUGAGACAAGCAGCGGACUUCACGACGAAUACCGCAGCUCUAGUAUUCAGCCUGCCUCUAAUGAUGACACUGAUCUGAUCCACAUCAAGCAAGUUGAAUUGAACACCAUGUCUCUUGGCGGCACCACAUUCGCCUGCCUGGUCCCCGAAUUGCACAGAUAUCUUUUGCGUUUGGUGGGCCGACAAGAAAGCAAGGUACCGCCAAACAACGCAUUGGAUGAAUUGGCUGACGGGCUCAUUAAGGCCUGGGAACUAUAUGGAGAGGCAAGUGCUGUCAUAAUGUUCAUUGUUGACCCUGACGAAUGGAAUGUCUACUGCCAAAGGAUACUGGAAUAUCGCAUUAAAGAGAGAAACUCCGCCGUGGGGGUGAUCAGGCGAAGCCUAACCGACAUUUUUAACAACAGUGAAGCGGACAAAAAAAACAAUGGGAGUCUGUUUAUGCAAGUUGUUCGUUUUUAUUUCCUUAAGCCUCGCCCUCAGUUGUGUCCUUCUUUUUAAUAUGAGCCUUGUGUUGGGUGUACACUUGACAACACACAACGUUAGCUUGAAGACUAUCAAGUCACUUAUUACCACACCACAUAAACGAAGUCCGGCCCAGGGAGACCGCUUUUGAUUGUCUCGAAAGCCUACUUACUCCCUCCAUUUUGCAUAACUAAACUUAAUACGCUUUGAACAACUUGCCUAAGUGAUGCGCCAGUUUGUAUCCCAGGCUCUCAAACAGUGGAAAUCACAGAGUGGCUGAUUAAUGUAACAAACAUGAAGUUAAAAAGUUUGAACGCACUGGUGCGUGCGCAGUGGAAUCAAUCUUAAGUGAAGACUCGGCGAGUUGGGGCUUGAAUCACUUAUCUGGCUUUUUAUUUUUUUCGGACAUUCAUGCAUGAUAACUUUGAGCACAUCUCUGCGAGUCAUUUAAAUGGUUAUAACUUUCCAUGUUACAAUGAUCUAUUCCUUGUCGAGAACUCCACAGUUUGACCAGUCUAGCUGUCUAAUGUUGCCGAACCUUUGCUUGUAUCGAGGCUAACUCUCUUUAGUUAAUAUACUUACGCUGAUCACGGAUAACUAAUUUGCCAUUUAAAUUCGUUUUCUGCGGCAACAGAGAUGGGCUGGAAGUUGCUGUAGCCUACUUCAGGGCCGGU